CGGAAGCGCUAGUUGCUCGACUACUGUUGUUGACAUUCUGCACCCGCUGCGAAAGCUAACUCACAGGUCGUUUGAAUGACCCGCGUUACAAUUUUUCAUCUCAUUCAUCGUUCUUUGAUAGACUUUCCAUGUUUUAAUCGUUUCCUGGCCGCGUUUAGACCCGUCAUUCAGUGUGGCGAGAGCUUUGCGACACCGUUAGCUCAGGAACUUUAGCUAGUUAUGGAGAGCCAUGGUAACUAAUCGCUGCAUAUAAACCUGGAUCCUUCCUUAGUAUUUUUCUGUCUUUUAACUCACAACACCAUAAGAUGGCAGUCGAGCUGGACGUGUUCGUGGGCAACACGACUAUCAUGGAUGAAGAGGUUUACCAGCUCUGGUUGGAUGGAUACACAGUGAAUGAUGCAGUGAAGGUUCGAAUGGAAGGUGGAGUGCUGGAAGAGUGUGAGACGACAGCAGACGUCCUUCUCAGUGACACCAUGGACCAGUACAGGACUUUCCAGAUGUGCGAGCGUCUUCUGCACAGUCCAGGCAAAUUAGCCAACCAACUGAUCUUCCAAAUCCCCCCUCACAGACAAGCCGUUCUCAUAGAGAGAUACUAUGCAUUUGAUGAUGCAUUUGUGCGGGAGGUUCUCGGGAAGAAACUCUCAAAAGGAACCAAGAAGGACCUGGAUGACAUCAGUGCCAAAACCAAUGUAACUUUAAAAAGCUGCCGACGACAGUUUGACAAUUUCAAGCGUGUUUUUAAAGUUGUGGAAGAGUUGAAGGGCCCCCUGGUGGAGAACAUUCGUCAGCACUUCCUGCUGUCUGACAAGCUUGCCAGGGAUUAUGCUGCUAUUGUUUUCUUCGCCAACAAUCGCUUCGAGACAGGAAAGAGAAAGCUGCAAUAUCUCACCUUCCAGGACUUUGCUUUCUGUGCCGGGCAGCUCAUCAACAAUUGGACAGUCGGUGCUGUUGACAACAUGGUGGAAGACAUGGACGUGGAUCUGGACAAGGAGUUCCUGCAUGAGUUGAAAGAGCUGAAGAUUUUAAUAUCCGACAAAGACUUGCUGGAUCAGCACAAAAGCCUGGUGUGUACGGCUCUCAGGGGGAAAACCAAAGCUUUUAAUGAGAUGGAGGCCAAUUUCAAGAAUCUCUCCCGAGGCCUGGUGAACAUCGCCGCAAAGUUAACCAACACAAAGGAUGUCAGAGAUUUCUUCAUUGAUCUAGUCGAGAAGUUUAUUGAGCCGUGUCGCUCCGACCGCUGGACAGCUGCAGACAUGAGACUCUACCUCACUCACUACAGCAACUCCGCUCACAUACUCGACACGUUCAAACAUCAAGUUGUGUGGGACAGAUACAUGAACGUCAUCAAGAGCUGCAUCUUCAAAAUGUAUCACGACUGACUCGACCUUCACCCCGGCCUGCUCCCCUUUCCUUCCCCCCUAUCUGCACUUCACUUUGUGUUUUUUAGGAGUCAAAUCAAUUCAUGUUGGAAUCAAGUUCUUCUGUAUUUCCAUGAGAACAUUUUAAAAAUAAAAUGGAUGUAAUUU